UGCCACGAAUGCACCUUUUGUUUCAGGUUGCAGAAUGGUAUUUGUUGAUGACAGUAAGGAAACUUGUUGCAGCACCUAACUGCAUUCUUUCAAGUAUUAUGACAUGGAAUUAACUUAAAACUGCAGGCUUCAAAAUGACACGACUUCUGUCUCCUGUUUCCUGUUGUAGAUGGCCUGAGCUGUUGAAAUGACUGCUUUUUGACACAAGUCCACAGAGAAGUCUCUUGCAGUGUGUCUAUGUGUGUGUGUGUUAUACUGAGCUGCUGUACCUGACACUACAGGUUGACUGUGUUCAGUACAGUACCACCCAUUAAGUUUUGUGACUCUACCUGUAGGUAUUGUGCCCUGCUCCUGGCACAUCAUCAAGUCUUCAUGUCUAAAAGGUGAACCAUGUGAGUCUCUCCUUUUUAAUGAUGACCUGCGCAUAAGUGACAAACCCACCUGUAUGGCUGCUCAUCUGUAAACCUCUAACUUUACUAAUAUGUUGUAGCUGUCCUGUCCCCCCCCACACACACUCAAGGACUCUGUUUUUGAAAGGGAACAGUGCCGCUGGUUUUACUCUGUACAUUUGCCCAUUUUCUUCUACUUGAUUUUCAGAGAAUACUGCACAAUUUAAAUUACAGGAUCAUUUGUAUAAGCAAUGGCAUGUUUCUUACCUUUCAAGCUUUAACAAGUGAUCUGACUGACUUGGACACAAGAAGUACUAAAGCUGUUUAAUCCGUGUGUGGUGUGUGCAUCAUCCAUUGGGAAGUCCAACUAUUCUUCACAUUGGGAUCAGCAUUACAAUUUACAGGAAUAGAGUGGAUUCUUUGUUACCGUUUCGCAGAAUUAAUAGUUGCCGUCAGCACCCACACUAGGAAUGAACCAGGGAACCAAGCGGUGUGGAACAGCAACACUGGGGAUGUCCUCGUACAGGAGAGCCACACUCGAUGAUGAGGAAGUAGUGGGCGCACUUGGAGAAGGAGAAAUUUAUCCAAAUGGAACUCAGGUGACUUUCCAGGGCAGAAGACGAGAGGGUAGUUGUUGGAGGGAACGAACACCUCUUGAGAAACGUCUCUUUGUAUUAAUAGGAUUUCUUUUCCUCACAUGUUUGGCUUGUUUGAUUGGUGUUCUUUUACAGUUUAAAGAAAGCCCCUUGAAGGUCUGUCUGAAUGACUCUUGUAUAAAAGUAGCUAGUUCUGUUCUGAGUUCCUUGGAUCCAUCCAUAGAUCCUUGCGAGGAUUUCUACAGCUAUGCAUGCGGAGGCUGGAUAAAGACAAACCCUCUCCCAGAUGGGCAUUCAAAGUGGGGGACAUUCAACAAUCUAUGGGAGUAUAAUCAAGCCGUCAUGAAACAUUUACUCGAAAAUUCAACUGCAAACCUGACAAGUGAAGCAGAGCAGAAAGCGCAGCUGUAUUAUCGGUCCUGUAUGAAUGAAAGGAAAAUUUCUGAACUGAAGGAAAAGCCACUUAAAGACCUCAUUGACUUGAUUGGUGGUUGGAAUAUCACUAGCGAGUGGAGUAAAGACAACUUUCAGGAGGUUCUGCGCACUGCAGCUCGCUUCCAGACUUCACCUUUCUUUUCUGUGUAUGUCAGUGCGGACUCAAAAAAUUCCAACAGCAAUGUUAUACAGGUGGACCAGUCUGGCCUUGGUUUACCGUCCAGAGAUUUUUAUCUGAACAGAACUCUGAAUGAAAAAGUGCUGACUGCAUAUCUGGAUUACAUGGUGGAGUUAGGGGUUCUUCUUGGGGGAGAGCCGGAGGCAACCCGGGCACAGAUGCAGCUGAUCCUAGACUUUGAGACUGCUCUUGCCAACAUUACCGUUCCACAGGAGCAGCGCAGAGACGAGGAGCUGAUAUACCAUAAAAUGACUGUAAGGGAGCUCCAGGUGUUGGUACCAGUUGUUGAUUGGAUGCCUUUGCUCUUGUACGUUUUUUCUCCUAUCAAUCUGAAUGACUCUGAACCUGUGGUGGUUUAUGCCAAAAAGUAUCUUCAACAAGUUUCUGACCUUAUAAAUUCCACUGACAAGAGCAUUCUUAACAUCUACAUGAUCUGCAACAUUGUCAAGAAAGUAGCAAUAUUUUUGGAUCAGAGGUUUAAGGAUGCAGAGGAGAAAUUACUAGAAAUCAUGUAUGGAACAAAGAAGACAUGCCUUCCUCGUUGGAAAUUCUGUGUAAGCGAUACUGACAACAACCUUGGCUUUGCACUUGGUGCAAUGUUUGUGAAAGCGACCUUUGCAGAAAACAAUAAACAAGUUGCUGAGGAGAUGAUCAGUGAAAUAAAGACAGCAUUUGAACAAAGUCUGCACAACUUAAAGUGGAUGGAUGAUGAAACGCGCAGAGCUGCAAAAGAGAAGGCAGAUGCAAUCUACAACAUGAUUGGGUACCCUAAGUUCAUCUUGGAUACAAAAGAGCUUGACAAAGUAUUUGCUGAUUAUGAAGUGGUACCAGAGCUCUAUUUCCAGAAUGUUCUGCAGUUCUACAACUUCUCAGCAAGGGUAACUGCUGACCAGCUUCGCAAGCCCCCAAAUCGGGAUCAGUGGAGUAUGACCCCGCCAACAGUGAAUGCCUACUAUUCACCCACCAAGAAUGAGAUUGUUUUUCCUGCAGGAAUUCUCCAGGUGCCAUUUUAUGCCAGCACCUACCCUAAGGCUUUGAACUUUGGAGGAAUUGGUGUUGUCAUGGGCCAUGAACUUACUCAUGCGUUCGAUGAUCAAGGCAGGGAGUAUGAUAAAGAGGGUAACCUGCGAUCGUGGUGGAAGAACUCCUCUGUGGAAGCAUUUAAGGAACAGACAAAGUGCAUGGUGGAGCAAUACAGUAAUUACAGUGUACACGGGGAGCCAGUAAAUGGCAGACGCACACUAGGGGAGAAUAUUGCUGAUAAUGGAGGCCUUAAGGCAGCAUACCAGGCUUAUGAAAAAUGGCUGAAGAAGAAUGGGGAAGAAGAGAUGCUGCCAGCACUGGGACUCACCAAUUACCAGCUUUUCUUUGUGGGAUUUGCUCAGGUCUGGUGUUCAGUGCGCACUCCAGAGAGCUCACAUGAAGGUCUUGUUACAGACCCGCAUAGCCCAUCCCACUUUCGUGUUAUUGGCUCUGUCUCCAACUCCAAGGAAUUCUCCAGACAUUUCAAGUGUCCCUCUGGUUCUCCCAUGAAUCCUAAGAAGAAGUGUGAAGUUUGGUGACGAAAAUAUUUUGAAAAGCUUUACAACUGGAAAUACUCAGUUUCAGCUCUGGGAUAGUGUUUUGAAUCCACACCACACCUUGUAAUUAAAAAAAAAAAAAAAAAACUCUUCAGAUGUGGAGCUUCACAACCAUUUCUUUGUUUUGUUUUGUUUGGUUUUCUUUUUGCACUGUAACACCAGCAUAUUGAACUGUGAAAGCAUCUCUAGUGGUAGUGUACUUCAUGUUUCUUUGCUACUUUAACAUCAUUAAAACUUAAAAUAUAAAGCCAAACCAGUACUAUGGAGAACACUGGAAACUUUCAGGGAAAUGUAACUUUUAUAGCUAGUUUAAAUUUGUGUGUUUUUAUACAGAAACUGUAUUUAUUGUUUUUCUGUUUAUAGCUAAUAAUGGGGGGGGGGGGUCUUUUAACUGGCUAUGCUAUUGUAAGAGUCAUGAUGGCCUGCCUUUGUCCCAGUGAGCAUAUUAUGUAUACAGUAAAGUACUGUACUCUUGCUGAGACUCUGCUGAUAUAUGUUGCCUUGGAUCCAAUGCAUCUAAACAGUCUUGAAGCAUGCCUAGGUCAAGGUGAAAAGGAACUGUGCUGUAAGAUGAUAGGAGUGGAGAUGGGCAGUCCAGGCAAUCACUGUACACCGAGUGCCCUUUAUAUAAAACUACCAUUUCUGGGCCCGUGUCUGCUACAUUUAUAUAGAUCUCUGUGUGACUCCUGUUUCCCCGCUGCGUAAGUAUUAGGAUUUUUGUAUUACUUUAUUAACUUGGUAAGCUCACAAAAUAUAACUCUCCCAUUUUGGGGGCAUAUGUGGAGCAGUUUUUCAUUAAGGGAGUUGCUCAGGGUUACAGCUCAGUAAGUGGAAUAGUUUCAUAAGAAGAUAAGUGCUACCUGCUUGUCGGAGUUAAUCCGAGAAUCCUUUCCCUUCUCACUGUACUGCUUGCAAAAUAUAUCUUUUAGAUGAGCAGACGUCUUUUUCUGGAGAAAUGCACUGAGCAGCCAUCCUUGAGCAGCUGGGGUGCCCGAGAUGUGUGUCAUAGCUUUGUUUGGCUAAGGCUCACUCUCUUAAUGAACUGUUGUGGUGAAGUCCCGAGUUCUUGCUAGGUGUUCCCUAAGUUAACAUACCCACUGACAAGACCAGUGUUUUUAUUUACUCUGCAGGUAUUAAGGUGCCAGUCAGUGCUUUAUCCCCUCACUGUGUAAUUACACUCCUGACUGGGGGGGGGGGGGGGGGCAAACCACUAAUUCCUAAGUGCUGUAUGACCUUGUGCCACAUCUUAUGGUGCAGUGAUUAGAACGGAUACUUAUAUAGUGGAAUACAUGAAUUUCUCCUUUUUCCAUAUUCUCUCCCAACCCCACAAUUUCAGAACCUUGAUCUCAUAGUCAGUUAUUCUUAAUUUAUUAAACACUACUAUCCCGAACAGUGGAGAAAUAACGGAAACAAUUUGCACCAUCUGGGCAAAACAAAGUAAUAAUUUGUCUAGUAAUGUGAAUUCAUUUAGAGGUCAUGUAGCAAAACUGUAUUAAGCACUGUGUAGAAUUCAACAUGCAGCUGUAGUUUUUUUGUGCAGAUUGUUCCUUUUUUGACAUUUAGAAUGUUUCUGUGCAGUAACACUAUUCUUAUGAGAGAAAUGUUAUCCUACCAGGUGAAUAUCUUCUCCUUGCUGAUGACACCUGUUAGCAGUGACAUCACAGGUUACUUAUCAGGCAGCACCCUGUUGACUCCUCCUACGUAGCACUGAUACACAGAGUGUGCUAAGGAAAGGAUACCUGUGUGAUGAGACCUCCUCAGAACUGGUCAGCAGUUGUAGCAGCAGCACCUAAACCAUGGAAGUGAGCACAGCUACCUAUACUCACACAAGCUUUAAAUGUAUCCCCACAAAGGAAGCAGUCUGUUGUCAACACCUCUCCCAUGUUUAGAUAGAUUGUGUGGUUGUGUAUUAUUCGCUGGUCAACACUAUGCACUAUUUCAUUGUGACCAGCAGCUGACUAAAAUUGUAAUGAAUAAAAUGAAGGCCGUACAUUGGCCUUGUGCUCCUUGUUUUUUUCUUCCAGCAACUAGUAGUGGUGACAAGGGGAGAAGAGGGCAAACAGCUGACCCCUGAGUGUUUUAUGUCAAUAGUCUACCUUGUAAGAAAGCAAGCAGGUGCACCAGUGUACUUGUAUACCAGCAGUGUGCUGUUCUGAGUCUCUAAAGAAUUAAUCAGAGUGAGAUGACUUGUACUGGGCUGAUUCAUUUACUUGUAAAUAUGCAGUUUCAUGCCUUAAUCGGACAAAUGUUGUAAAAAGAAAACAUUCCUCAGUAAUGGCAAUGACUGACCACAUUAAAAUUCAUUUUAAGGAGUAGGCACUCAUGCAGCACUUUUGCUAAACUGCACAUUAAUUUUUACACUUGCCCUUUGUUUUGUGUAGAUUUAGUGCCUGAUUAAAUUUUGUGUACAAGCAGGUAUAGCUUGGAGAUGCUGAAUGGUUAAUUGCUAACAUGGUCGCGGUAACAGGAAAGAUAAAAUGAUGGAUGCUGUGGAUAGUUUUGCACAUAUAUUGCAUGAAUGAAAGGUUAGUAGGAGAACUGGCUGAUGGUUUCGGGUACUGUCUCAAAAUAACAUUCAGUAGUUUUAAUUUCCUCACUAUAAUAGUUUGACAACAGAGAAGCUUGGAAAUUGAGAAGAUAAAGGACCACUGGAUUUUUUUCUAAUUAGCUGCUUUCUUCUCAUACAAUAUUUUAUACUGUUAUUCUGUAAGCUGAAUGAGAUGUCCACAGCUAAACAUUUGAAUCAGCAUUUUGCCAAGUUUAUGUUCAUUUAAAUGGUUUGUAGUUCAAGUAUGGAAUUGUGUCCCAGUCCAGACACAUUUUUUUCUUCAACUUGUAUCUGGGGCUAUAUUUUGUGAUAAGAUCAGAGUUAAAUCAGCAAAUGAAUAAGAUGGUGCUUAAAUGAGGGGAACAUUUAAUUACUGUGAGUGACGGUGUGAAUCUUCUGAGUGGUAAGUAUAAUCUAAUCAUUACUGUCCUUAUGUGAUGUUAAUGGCAUAGUACUCUGAAUGAUGAGAGGAAGUACUUUGUUUCAGUCAUCAGCAGAGCCGAAUAAGAAGGUGAAAGUAAACAGAUUUUCAGAGUCCAUGCUUUGACUCUAAUGUGACACAACCCACACUGUAUGAAGCUCAAUUUCCGAAAAAGUUGAGAUUUUUACAGUUUUAAUUUACUGCUUCAGCUUAAGUUCCCUGUUUGUGACUGCUGUGAACAUACUUGUCAUUUAUUUGAACACUUGCAGUUUAAACUGUGAAUGCAAGAGAACUGCUAGCCUGUUUGAGGGUUAGUUGUGUAUAUAUGCUUGUAUUAUAAUACAAUAAUGGCAUAGCUAUUAUCAAGAUUGCAGUGACCUAUCAAAACAGUUUUGCACAUUAAAGCCUUUGUUACGGUUUGCUGAAAGCCUCGUAACUGUGCAGGGCACAGAGAUGUUAGUAUUACUCAUCGGGAAAAUAAUACAGUAGCAGAUUCUUAAUGUAUAUGAGCUGUUUUAUGGUGGAUUAUUAAUGUCUGAGCUCCAGACAGGACUGUAGGAUGCCUGUGCAAAGUCCCUGUGAAAUGACGGAGUACGGAUUAUUCUAAUGGUUGCACAAUAUAUAAAACAUAAGAGUUGUACUUAUCUUGUCAGUACUUAUGUAAUAAGAUUUUGAGACAAUAUUCUGCCACCGAAUUAGAACAUUGAUGAUAUUUUUGUUACUCUGUUUUGUACCUUAAUUGGACUGAGAUAUACUGAUACAAUAAAUAAAACACAGAUACAAAAUAAA